UUGUGGAAGAGGAGGUUCAUGGAACUCUUGAGAGCCACUUUACUGGUUUUGGUUCUAGUGAGCUUCGAGUUUGGCUUGGAGAUAUCUUCGGCGUCUCCCUCACAGAGCUACAUUGUGUACCUUGGAAGCAGUCCUGAAACUGUAGACAAACAGAAGCUUGUUGCUUCCCACCAAGAAAUUUUGCGGCCCGUCUUCCAGAGUCUCCGGGCUGCCCAAAGGGCCAUCUUCUACAGCUACACUCAUGGCUUCAAUGGAUUUGCUGCUAAGUUACGCCCGGAGCAAGCUGCCGACAUUUCAAGAAUUCCUGGAGUUUUGUCCGUUUUUCCGAACAAGGAAAACUACCUACACACAACUCAUAGCUGGGACUUCAUGCAACUAGAGUCACAGGGUGGUGAGAUUCCAGCGUCUUCUUUGUGGAGCAGAUCCAACUUCGGCAAAGAUGUGAUCAUUGGAUCUCUUGACACAGGAAUUUGGCCCGAGUCAGAAAGUUUAAACGACGAGAGCUUCGAUGCCGUGCCAAGCAAAUGGAAAGGGAAGUGUGUAAGUGGCACAGCGUUCAACACAUCUCACUGCAACAGGUUAAUUUACAAAAGAUCACGAAGAAAAAAAGAGCUAACAGCUGGUUUCUUCAGGAAGUUGAUCGGUGCCAGGUACUACAUCAAAGGCUUCGAGCUGGAAAAUGGUCCUCUCAACGUGAACUCGACUGGGGACUUCAAAUCUCCACGAGACAAAAAAGGCCACGGGACUCACACUUCCUCCAUAGCUGGAGGCCGCUUCGUCCCGCAAGCAAGCUUCCUGGGCCUCGGCAAUGGGACAGCCAAAGGAGGAGCGCCACUCGCGAGGCUUGCCGUCUAUAAAGUCUGCUGGCAGAAGGAAGCGACUGGUACUCUCUGCUACGAUGCUGAUAUUCUCGCUGCGAUGGACGACGCAAUCCAGGAUGGCGUCGACAUUCUCACUCUCUCGCUCGGCGGCUCGCAGCCUCUCUCGCAGCUCUUUCAGGACGCCAUAUCCAUCGGUGCAUAUCACGCUGUCCAGAAGGGAAUCCCUGUCGUUUGCUCGGCUGGAAACGGGGGGCCAGCCUUCGGAAGCGUUGUCAACGUAGCACCUUGGGUCCUUACUGUUGCUGCCAGCAGCACUGACCGGGACUUUUGCUCCACGGUUGUUCUCGGCGACAACUCGACGUUCCGAGGAAGCAGUAUGUCCGAGUUUAAGCUUGAGGAUGGAGCUCACCAGUAUCCUCUCAUCUCCGGUGGUGCCAUCCCGGCUUCCUCCUCCAAUGCCUCCGACAGCCUCUUGUGCAAUGCGGGCUCGCUGGAUCCGGAGAAGGCCAAAGGGAAGAUCGUCGUUUGCUUGCGCGGCUCGGGCAGCCAACUCUUCAAAGGACAAGUCGUGCAGCUUGCUGGAGGCGUUGGGAUGAUCCUGGCGAAUUCUCCGUCGGAUGGGAGCCAAACGCAGGCUACUUUUCACGUCCUUCCAGCAACCAACGUCAACUCGGAAGCUGCCGCAGCCAUCUUUGCAUACUUGAAUGCGUCAAGCUCGCCGACUGCAACUCUCACAGCUUCCACUACUGUCACCGGCAUCAAACCGGCUCCAACUAUGGCUCCCUUCUCGUCCCGCGGGCCCAACAUGCUCAUCCCCGACAUCCUAAAGCCGGACGUCACUGCUCCUGGUGUAAACAUCCUGGCAUCGUUUUCCGAGGCAGCAUCUCCCAUAACCAACAACAGCACUCGAGCUCUCAAGUUCUUCGUAGCCUCUGGGACGUCCAUGGCCUGUCCUCACGUCUCUGGCGUCGCGUCCAUGCUCAAAGCUUUGUAUCCCGAGUGGAGUCCAGCUGCGAUCAUGUCAGCUAUAGUCACUACCGCAAGAUCUCGGGACAACCGCGAGCAGCUCAUCCUCGCGGAUGAUUCUCAAGUCGCCGGUGCCUUCAACUUUGGCUCGGGUCACGUCGAUCCCAACGCAGCAGCGGACCCCGGCUUGGUCUACGACGCUGCUCCCCAGGAUUAUCUUCUGCUGCUCUGCAGCCUCAAGUUCAACACCAGCACCGUCCGCAAAAUCUCAGGCCAGGAUAACUUCUCGUGUCCCGUCCACCAGGAACCAGUGAGCAACUUCAACUAUCCAUCGAUCGGAAUCGCCAGGCUCAACGCGAACAGCCUUGUGAGCGUGACGAGGACGCUCACCAGCGUCGCAAACUGCUCGUCAACUUACGAGGCGUUCGUGAGGCCGCCACCGGGAGUUUCAGUUUCCGUGUGGCCCUCGAGGCUCACAUUCUCAGGCAGUGGACAAAAGCAGCAGUUCGCGGUGAGCUUCAAGCUCACGCAGCCAUCUCCAGCGCUGCCAGGAGGCCGCGCUUGGGGAUAUAUGGUGUGGAGCGAUGGUAAGCACCAGGUACGAAGCUCCAUCGCCAUAGCAAGCACGGGAGCACUUAUUAGUGAUGCUUAAUCGUGAUUACUUUAAGAAAGGCUUAAGGGCAGCUCAGCAUUCUCCAAAUA